GUAUGCAUGUAUCUGCUUUUCAGCCUGCCGCUGUGGUUUGAGUUCUGCUUCGAGUUCAGGAUGUGGGUGGAUGGCUGGGUGAAAGUGAUUGAGAGGAACUCAGACAGCAUGAACACAGAAUGGCGAUCACAGCUCUCUGCCUACUGAUCUCAGCCACACUGAGUGUCCAUCCUGAAAGGACUCAGUUCUUUCGCUUUGAGCACAUCACCCUGAGCUGUGCAUCACCGGGUAAUUUCAGUGGCUGGACAGUGAAGAGAAACACCUCCUCUGGAUCACUACGUUCAUGUGAGGACAAAUGGGGUCGCCCACAGGGAUCCUCCUGUGUUAUUGGGGGUGUCUAUGCAUCAGACAGUGGAGAGUACUGGUGUGAGUCUGAGCGGGGGGAGUGCAGCAACGUCCUCAACAUCACAGUGACCACUGGUAAAGUGAUCCUGGAGAGUCCUGCACUUCCUGUGAUGGAGGGAACUGAAGUGACUCUUCAUUGCUCCUACAAGGAAAGAUAUGUGCCAAGGUCUUCGUCAGUCUUCAACGCUACUUUCUACAGAAAUGGUGUUUUCAUUGGUAAAGAGCCUCAAGGAACAAUGCUCCUCCCAUCGGUGUCUAAGUCUGACGAAGGCUCCUACAAGUGUGCGCACCCGACAGAAGGAGAGUCGUCAGAGAGUUUGCUGGCUGUCAGAGUCCGAACUCAGCCAACAGGUGUCCCUCCUCUUCCUCCUGUCAUGUCUCUGCCCAACCUGGUGUGCAUCAUCCUGCUCGUCAUCCUCUACACUGUCAUCACUAUACUGUGUAUAAAUGUGUACCGAAGGUGGGCUAGAGGUAAGAGCACCUCUGAUCAUCCUAAUGACAAUAUAAUCUAUUGGUCCUAGUACUGGUGCUCUUUCCUGUGGGUGCGGGUCCACCUGGGGGGGGGGGGCAGCUCUGCAAACCAACUGGAAGGCAAAAGAUAGUCUCUGCUUAAGUCUUUUAGUGAUGUUAACAUCAUGGGCUUUGUGUCAGGAUCUCAGGUGUCAGGACGGGUGAGUGAGAGCUGUGCUGUAGCAGGGGCCUGGCUAGGCACCAAGGGGAGGAGGGUGGGGGGUGGGGGCUCUUCCUAUUUAGUCUGUUGCUGCUGAUGUGGAAUUAGAAAACAUGCAGUAAAACGCUCUGUGCUGUGGUUUCCUGCAGUUCGAGCUGAGGCUAAAAGGAUCAUGCAGAUCAUCUGACAUUGGAAGGAUGAGUCCUGUUUCCUGCUGGGACCAAGAAGAACAGGAAGAA